UUAGCACCCUGGACUUGGAAGGAUACCUAGCUUUGACCCUGGCUGCUUAUGUUCUGGUGUGGCGCAGUUGCCCUGCCAAGCGUAGGAAAGCUGAAGGAAGAAGAAAGCGGAGAAGCAUGGGUGGAACCACCUGCCCUGGGAAAGGGGCUUUGUUCACCUACGAAGGCAACAGCAAUGACCUGCGGGUGGCCGGCACCGGAGAUGGUGGCCUGGAGGAAAUGGUGGAGGAGCUCAACAGUGGGAAGGUGAUGUAUGCUUUCUGCCGGGUGAAGGAUCCCAACUCUGGCCUGCCCAAAUACGUUCUCAUCAACUGGACUGGUGAAGGUGUGAAUGAUGUGAGAAAAGGCGCUUGUGCCAACCAUGUCAGCACCAUAGCAAACUUCUUAAAGGGUGCUCAUGUAACCAUUAAUGCUCGGGCAGAAGAGGAUGUGGAACCUGAGUCCAUCAUGGAGAAGGUUGCGAAGGCUUCUGGCGCAAACUACAACUUCCAUAGAGAACCUAGCAAGUUCCAGGACUCGGGCCCGCAGGCUCCAGUGGGCUCCGUAUACCAGAAGACAAAUGCAAUGUCUGAAAUCAAGAGAGUCAAUAAAGACAACUUCUGGGCCAAAGCAGAGAAAGAUGAAGAGAACCGGCGGCUAGAGGAGAAGAGGCGAGCAGAAGAGGAGCGCCAGCAGCUAGAGAGAGCGCGCCGGGAGCGGGAGCUGCAGGAAGCAGCUGGGCGCGAGCAGAGGUUUAAGGAGCGAGCCAGUGAGAUCGAUGCUCAGAAGAAAUUCCAGCAGCAGCAGGAAGUGCAGAACAGAGACAAGGAGAAGCAGCAAUGGAAGGAGCAGGAAGAAGAGUACGAGGCCAGGCAAAGGAGGGGUUUCCGAAGGAGCGAGUCUGUGGAGAAAGCUCAGGAAGCAGCAUCACUUAUAGCACAAAGAUCUGUGAACCCACGGGACAUCUUCCGGCAGAAGGAAAGGUCCAUGUCUGCAGAAACAACGGCUGUCUGUUCUCAGCCAGGCAAACUACGGAGCCCCUUCCUGCAGAAGGGGAGCAGUCCUGUCCAGACUCCCCCUUCCCCAGUCCAUUCAGCUGUGCAAGACUCUCAUCCAUUUUCUGCUCAGGAGAUGCCUCCAGCCUCCUCAGUGCCUGGGCCAGGUGACUCUGCUGGACAGGACACCAGUUAUCAUCAAAGCAUCCCCAUUUCUCAGGCACAAAUGGAAGAGGAAGAUUUAUACGAGGAACCACCAGAUGAGUCUGUCUAUGAAGAACCCCCUCAGGAACAGGUUGAUGGCGCCAAAUUUGACUACACUGCUCAGUACCACCAGACACAGGACCUGGAGGGGAAAGGAAUAUGUGCCCGGGCACUGUAUGACUACCAAGCUGCUGAUGACACUGAGAUCUCCUUCGACCCUGAGAACAUCAUCACCAACAUUGAGAUGAUCGAUGAAGGCUGGUGGCGUGGCUAUGGUCCGGAUGGCCACUUUGGCAUGUUCCCUGCCAAUUAUGUGGAACUAAUUGAAUAAGUGGGUGGCUGGGGAGUGAGGAUGGGAGCAGGCCCCCCCCCCCCCCUUCCCCUUUAAAA